UGUUUUGAUUGUCACCUUUUCCUUACUAGGAAGUUCUUUCUGGAGUGGUGGUCAUAACGAGUAAGGAUGCAGUUCAGCACCAGGGUGUCUCCCUAACAAUGGAAGGAUCCGUGAAUCUGCAGCUCAGUGCCAAAAGUGUUGGUGUGUUUGAAGCUUUCUAUAACUCUGUUAAGCCUAUUCAGGUUAUCAACAGUACAAUAGAAAUGGUAAAACCAGGAAAGCUUCCCAGUGGCAAAACAGAAAUUCCUUUUGAAUUUCCAUUGCAUAUGAAGGGCAACAAAGUUCUAUAUGAGACAUAUCAUGGUGUGUUUGUCAAUAUUCAGUAUACCCUGAGAUGUGACAUGCGACGUUCUCUACUGGCCAAGGACUUGACUAAGACUUGUGAAUUCAUUGUCCACUCAGCACCACAGAAAGGGAAGCUGAUGCCAAGCCCAGUGGACUUCACAAUUACACCUGAAACCUUACAGAAUGUUAAAGAGAGAGCCUCACUCCCAAAAUUUCUCAUCAAAGGGCAUCUCAACUCAACUAAUUGCAUCAUUACACAACCACUAACUGGGGAGUUGGUGGUGGAGAAUGCAGAAGCUGCAGUGAAAAGUAUUGAGCUACAAUUAGUACGUGUGGAAACAUGUGGUUGUGCUGAAGGUUAUGCUAGAGAUGCUACAGAGAUUCAGAAUAUUCAGAUUGCCGAUGGGGAUGUCUGCAGAAACUUGCCUAUUCCAAUAUACAUGGUGUUCCCCAGGCUGUUCACCUGCCCUACGUUGGAAACUACAAACUUCAAAGUUGAGUUUGAAGUUAACGUUGUUGUCCUCCUGCAUGAUGAUCACCUCAUCACAGAGAAUUUCCCACUGAAGCUCUGCAGAGUGUGAAUAUCCAAGGGAGAAUCACUAAUGGAGGAACAAGGACAUUCUUCAGCUAUUAAAUGAAAAUUCAGUUCAAGCAUCACUUUAGUUGAAGGACUAAAACAUUUGCUCUUCUCACUAUUGACUUGUGUUAGAAGGGAGUGCAGUUCUCUGUAACUCUCACCAGACAAUCUCUCUUCUGAUAAUAUUAGCAAAUGCACUUUUCUGCUGAGACUCCUACAACACCUACCUUUCUCUCUCUCUCUCUCUCUCUCUCUCUUUUUUUUUUCCCUUCUUAAGAACCCUUAAGGGGACGUUUUCUGCACAUUCCUGUUAUGUGCACAACACACACAGUAUGUUUCUGUAAUUAACACUUGUGCUAACUCUUUAAAGGGUCCUUAUAUCUAAACAGCUGACAGGCCUUGCUAUGUAUUGGCUUUGGAAGAAGAGAUGGUGAGAUUUGAUGUUUCCUAAGUCGCCUCAUCAUAUGGAUACUGGGAGACCUAAUGUUCAGGAAAUGUUUUGAGAUCAUUGUUGAAAGUUGCUACAGAAUUGCCAAAUAGUAUUACAGGAUCAGCAUCACACAAAGAAUAUGAAGGGGAAAAAAAACUAAGAAUGUUUGAUAUAGAUUAGGAAGUGAAUCCAUUAAUUAUGGGAACAACCUCAAAGCUUCAGCUUUGAAUUGUAACAAAGUAGAUACAACUAUGACACUGUAGUUAGCGUUGUCACUUAUUUGUAUAAGUUCUACUGCAGAGAGAGGCUAAGCUAUUGACACAGGUUCUAGCUUGCAGUUGUGCCAGAACUCUGGCUCUUUAGACACUUCGUGAUAAUUUCUCUUCCCCCUACUAUGGAGUUAUGUACCUACAAUCUAAUUGUAGUGUGAAAAUGUGGUUUACAGUGACAAAAGCAUUAGAUGAAAGCUACUAUCAGUAUGCCAUAUGUAGACUAGCUCAUUCCUGUGCCAGACUUCAUUGCAAGAUAGAAUACUUUGCUAAAGGCUGCAUAAACAUAUUUGUUUUGGCCACCCCGGUUAAUGUUUUGCUAUACGUCAAAUACAUAACUGUUCUAAGGGGCUUGAAAAACAGGAAACGUGCCAGGUAUGGUGUAGGGGCUUUUUUGUUUACUAUUGGCUGAUAAAAGCCCUCCUCUCUUUUUUUCCCCUCUCUGUUUUUUUUCCCCCCCUAAAUUUGCACAUCUUUAUUAUGAAGACAUGCUUAAAAUGCCAAGAACUAAACCAGAUGACCAUCUUGUUUUGGGGAGGUGGUGUAGGUUGAAAUAAUUAUUUGUUGGAUAAUGUAAAGAAAAACAUGAAUAAAAGCAAAGUAUGCUUUUUCUGAA